AUGCACGCAUGCAGCGAUUCUUGCAAUUUUCCGUGUAAUUUGCGGUCCGAGGAUCAACAAACUCCCGACGACUCCGCGCGUGGCGAUCCGGCGCCAUCCGUCGCUUCGCUGGUGACUGUACAGAGGCUGCGCGGGGAGCAAACCGAAGGCCAAACGCCCGGCGCCGCAGAGGGAAGGGAGAAGGCGCCCGAGAGCGAGCCAGAGAGGAAGAGUGCCGAGGACGAAACCGGGAGAGACAGGGACGAACCCCUGAGCCCGCGAACCCCCGAAGGAACCGGCAUGUAUGAACCGCAGGAAGACGCGAGACUUCAAAGUGAAAAGGCAGCCAAAAUGUGCGGCUCGGAGCUCGUGUCGCGCAUGCCGGUCUCCCUCCCCACUGCGAGGAGGUCCCGGCCCAUCAUCAUCAGAAACCGCGUCCGUUGCAACACGGACGGAUUCAUCAUCUUGCCGCGGCGUCGAGAAGGAACGAAUGGUAGUCCGUACCUCAUCCCGCCGGCGUCCGUCGUCCCCAGACCCAGCGAACCUCCGAGCCAACCUCCUCAGUUCAACUUGGUUCCCAGCAUCUUGGGCGCUGUCGACGACGAUGAAAGCGAUCUUGCCUUGCCCCACCUGCAGACCGCGCAGUCUCCGUCUUCGUUGUUUUCGCCGUACGCGGCGGUUUCCUCUCUGUACCCUGACAUGUGGAAGGCCCGGCCGUGUGAGUCCGCCGAGGGGACCUUCUGGCCCGCGCCCGUCGACCCAAAGAGUAGCUCACGCUCCGCGUCGCCGAGUUCGAAACCAGACACCGCGCCGCUGCCGUCCGGCGAGUGCGCCGUGGAGCCGACCUGCGGAAGCGAGGGCGAGAAACCCAGCGGAGACUCUAGCGGCUCAACGAUCGGUGCCUGUGUGGCGUCUCUCGCGGCGCACGGCGAGGACACCAUCGAGAAGGAGGCUGUCUCCCUGCUAGAGAGAGUGUCUCUGGGUGGAUCGUGGCCGCGCGAGACACAAGACGGCUUCGCUCAGCGGCGACCCACCACCCCGGACGCCACGGACUUUCGCGCGCUGAGUGUCUGCGGAGAAGGCAUUCAGGGAACGGGACUGCCGAAUCCAAGCGACGGCUGUUUUUCCGAGCACGAAUCUGCUCGCGGGAGUCGGACUGCUGCGAGGGACUUCUGGGAGAGGGAGGAGUCGAUGACAGGCGACGACCCGCGGAGCGGGGCGGGGAUGCACGGCGGGGAUGCACGAAGUGCGCCCGUGGGCGGAUGUGACAACGCCGCAUCGUGGGAACGCCACUUUGCUGGAGAGACGCCUUUUACAGCAAACGGGUCCAGGGCGUGUCCGACGGAGGCACACGAAGCACCCCAAGCGCAAGCGCUGGAGACGCGCCUUCUGGCUGGGGCCAGCCAUCGCAGGAGUGAGUCGCCAGUGGAUCCCGAGUCGGCAGUCCCGUCCAGCGCCGUUUCGUCUGCAGAAGGCAGCCGCGCCGAGGUGAAGCAGGGCCCGAUUGACUCCGACAGUGACUGCGCACAGGCUCUCCACAAAGAGCGCACUGGCGCCUUUGUAGUGUCUCCGCUGUUGACGUUCGCUCUCGAAAACAUCAGGCGCCAAAGCGAACGUCGCGACAGCAUGGACUACAGCUCAACUCGCGGUUUGCCUCCCUCGCUGGACCUGCCAGAACGGAUGCCCACUCCGCGGGAUUGA